AUUUCGCAGAGAAACACAGAUCCGAAUGUAGUCUAGAAUCUAGAGUAAUCUUUAGUGACUUUAGACUCUUAGAAGUCUAUGACUCUAUGUUCCAUAUUGACCAUAUCUAAAAGAAUAGAUCUCUAGAUAGAAUCUAGUUCUAGACUAAUGUUUUACCUAAAGACUAUGUUGGAAUGUAGAAUGACACAAAUAUACUGAAUAAAUACAUUCUAGUUUGACUCAUAAAAAAAAAUGAAUGGUCAAGGCUUGACUCUGGAACAGAGACAGAGAAUAGAAGAAAAUAAACGAAAGGCCUUGUCUAAGUUGGCAGAGAAACGCAGCCCUACAAAGCUAAGUAUUACCCAGACGGUUUCCAAAGUAGACACUGAGGUGACAGUCAAGGUCAAAGUAACAUCCGAUUUCAUUGGUUCAGUGGAAGUGAAAGCAAAACCAUCUUCCAGCAGUAAUUUAACUGUACUUAAUACUAAACAUUCAUCUUGUAAUGAAACUGAAAAUGUAAUGAAACAGUUUCCUGCAAGUAACAUCUCAAAGCAGAGCAAUGUAUAUCAAAACUCUACUACUGCUGAAAGCCAUAGCACUGUUAACUCAGGAGUUUGGACUAGCAAAUCUGCUGCUGCAGCAGAAAAAAGUUCUGUUUCUACUAAAGUAGCAUUCUUAGGAUUACCUCAAGCUCAUAUGAAAGGCAAAUGUGUCUUAAUUAAUAACAACUAUUUCUCUGUUGAGAUUGGCUAUCAUGGAGCUCUUGUAGAAUAUUUUAAGCAGUUCAAGACUAAAGUUUAUGAUAAAAAUUCCAAAACCUGGUCAUUCAAGCUAGAAGAAUAUGACUCAUUUAUGAAGGGUGUCACCAACUUCAAGCCAGACAUAGAAAUAGAAGCACUACCCAAGUGGAUCCUAGAUGCUUUUCAUCCUCAAAGAUGUCUAGCAGAUACAGCCAUAGCUGAGGCUGAUCUGAAAAAUGUAGAUGAAAUUUUAGUUCAAACACUAAUGCCAUUCCAGCGACAGGGGGUGAAUUGUGCUAUUCACCAUAAAGGGAGAAUCUUGAUAGCAGAUGAUAUGGGUCUAGGAAAAACUCUGCAAGCUAUUUGUAUUGCAGCUUACUAUAAAAUGGAGUGGCCACUGUUAGUUGUGUCUCCAUCAUCUGUCCGCUUUGAUUGGUCUCAGCAAAUUAGAAAAUGGUUACCUAGUGUGUCAGAUAUCAAUGUGGUUGAAACAGGGAAAGACAGUGCUGUGUCUGGUCUGGUCAACAUUAUUAGCUAUGAUUUAUUAUCCAAGAAAAUAGUGGAACUUAAAAAACAAAUGUUCAGGGUUAUCAUAAUGGAUGAAUGUCAUUUUUUGAAAAACUCCAAAGCUGUGAGAACUGUAGCUGCCAUGCCACUGCUUAAAACUGCUAAGAGAGUAGUUCUCCUUUCUGGUACUCCUGCCUUAUCACGACCUAGUGAAUUGUUUAGUCAGAUCAUAGCAAUUUGUCCUGAUGUCUUCAAAUUUCAUGACUAUGGUCUUAGAUACUGUAACGCUAAACAAAUGCCUUGGGGCUGGGAUUACUCUGGCUCCAGUCACAUGCAAGAGUUGCAACUUUUUUUGGAAAAGAAAAUUAUGAUACGGCGCAUGAAAAAAGAUGUUCUUUCACAGCUUCCUUCAAAAACAAGACAUCUUGUGUUUUUAGAUCCUCAUUCUGUGAAAAAAUGCAAAAUGUUAAACGGUGUAUCAAAAGUUAUGACCACUUUAAAAGGUCAAGAGAGAAGAGAAAUGUUGUUGCAAUAUUUUCAUGAAACAUGCCGAGUCAAAUUGAACUCAGUCAAACAGUACUUGUUAGAUCUGAUAGAAUCAGAUAAGAAGUUCCUUAUAUUUGCCCAUCACACUGAAAUGUUAGACUGUAUUGAAGAGUGUCUCACAAUAAAGAGUUCUCAAAGCAAAUACAUCCGCAUUGAUGGAAAGACACCAUCAGAACAGCGAAGUUUUUUCUGUAAAAAGUUUCAGACUGAUUCUUCAUACAGAGUAGCCAUUUUGUCCAUCACUGCAGCCAAUGCAGGAUUAAAUCUUUGUGCUGCCAGCCUUGUUGUCUUUGCAGAGCUCUUUUGGAAUCCGGGGAUUUUAGUUCAAGCAGAAGAUCGUGUCCAUAGAAUAGGUCAAGAAGAUUCUGUUUGUAUACAGUAUUUGGUUGCUAAGGGAACAGCUGAUGACUAUAUAUGGCCUUUGAUUCAAGAUAAACUUAAUAUUCUAAGUAAAGUUGGUCUGGCCAAAGAUGAUUUUUCUAGUGCUGACAAAACAUUUGUUGCAGACAGCAGUCAAUUAAAAAUUCUUAAUUUGUUCAAAUCAGACUUUAUUAAUGAGUCACAGGAAGAAACAAAGAAUAUUGAAACAUUAUUAACAGAGUCUCAGUCGACUUUAUUAGCUACACCAAAGAAAAGGCUGAACCCAAAGAGUCAAUACUCACCCAUUCAGAAGAGAUCUCCCUUUAAAAGUCAAGAUAAAGAAGUAAGCCCAGUCAAACGUCAGACAAGCCUGACCAGUUUCUUUGGGAGCACACCUCCUAAAAAAAUUCAACGUGUGGAGCUGACACAAAAAGAAACUCAAAGCACUUGGGAAGAAUCAUGUCCUCUGGAUUCACUAAGUGGCACCAUCAAGAAUGGUGUAACAUCAAGCCAAGAGGAUGUUAUCACUCUUGAAGAUGUAAAUUGGGAUGAAGACUUAUAAAAGCUUUGUUUUGAUUAAGCUGUUUGAUUCAAAUUUAAGGGUUGGGAUUCAAGGAGUUCCUUGUUUACUGUUGGAAAAUCCUUUCUAUAUUCUAAAAUGGACUGUACUUUUUCUAUAAUAAACAAUGACUGACAUUGAUUACAAAACCAAUCAUUAACAAUUAAUCCAUUGAUCAUUAAAAUUUGAAUAAUUCUCUCAUAGUUCAUUAUGGUUAUGAAGUAUAAAUGUACAUACUCCGACUGACUAAUAGUUUCAAAUGACCAAAAAGUGCUUUCAUUUGUUACAAUGCUGAUAUAAUUCCUUCUUGUUGAUGUCCAAAUGUGUUCAUGACGAUAAACUUGUGGUAUGUAAAAUAAAUUGCUGAUAUAUGGUAGUGCUAACUAAUAGAUCUGAUGCUUUUACUUAUUUGUUUAUAUCAGACAAGGAUUUAAAACUUUAAAUCAAAAUAUUGUCUCAGUUUUUAGAUGUCUUUAUUUUUUUUUCUCUGAAAUGAAUACAUUUACAAAACAAGAAUUAUUUACUACUGAUCUUUGAAGAUGAAUGCCUGGUCAUAUGGUGUGCACUUCCAUCUGCCAUUAUGAUAAUCCAGAGUUUGAACCCUGACCACUGCUAUCCCCUGCCAUCCUAAGUUUGACCUGUGAGGUAAAAAAAAAUGUAAAAAAACUUCAUUCCUGAAGAAACAUAACACUUUUUUUUUUUUUUUCAGAAAUACGUUGCAAAGAAUACAUGUUGUAAAACAUAAAUAUACAUGCAUUUGUUGUUGUUUUUUUUUAAAAAAAAAGCUUAUAUCAACUCACUCUGUCUGCCGUUUGUACAAGUUUUUUCUCCCGCACCCUAUCUCCGAUUAAGCUGAAAUGAAUCAAUUUUUAAAAAUUAACUAAUUAGUUAAUUAACUACUGGUAAUUAAUUAUUGAGUUUGGUAUAUUGAACAAGGGAAAGAAUGGUACUUGACAGAUGCGUGGGUAUAAGCUGAAUAAGUCCCUUGAGGGCUUCGCUCUGAGUGAAAAUUUUUCUUUUAUGCAUUUAAAAACAAUCGUGUAAACAUUCACCAAGAUGCCCCCUUCUUCCCUCCCCCUUUCCUAACUGGUCCAGAGAAGUGAUAGGAUCAUAGUGCAUUGACAAAGCUAAAAGCUAAACAAAAACAAAUGGUAAAAAUAUUUUUAAUUGCACAGUUUUAUUAUGUCCUUGGUUGGGCAUAGGCUAUAUAUAAUCGAUCCAAACUUAGUAUAAGCUUUGUUUUUAAAAAGUGUUUUUUUUUAGGUAUUUCUUGUUUUAACUUCUAAUUAAUCCUUGAAUAACUUUUUAAAAAUGUAUAUGCUGUAAAAAAUCUAUAAAAGAAAGAAAAAAAACUGUAAUAUAUAGAAUAAUGUUGUUAGUCAAUAAAUGUUGUUAAACAAAAUCAGUAACUAUGUGAUUUUUGGCAGUUACAUUUAUCCAAACAUUUUUUGACUGCUGCAUGAGACAUAAAAAAAGAAAUAAAAUUCUGUGUACGACUAAGAUUUAAAAAAACGUUCAUUUUGUUGCCUACCACUUUGGCAUGAAAACAUUGAACACAAUACUUUGUUCUUCUUCUUUCUUCUCACUUGUAUGUUGGAGGGUUCAGACCCGUAACCCUUUACUUCUGCAAUGAAUUGCAGCAGUGGCUUUCAGAAAUCGCAGCUCUACGUUAACUUUUUGUUCUAUAUAUACGGCCAGUCCUUUGUUCGGGCCAAACGAUAGAGUAUGCAGCUUUUAAAGACCAUGGUCGGCAAUCUCUUGUGAUGCUCUACAUGAGCUUGUAAUAGGCAAAAGUGUUUUUCUUGAAAUUUGAGCGAGAGUCUGUCCAUUUCUCGUUUCUUUUACUCUCUAGUUUGUUUUCGUUUAGAGACGGAUUUUGGAGUGUUAAGUCAUGCUCCUAUCUUUGGCCAAUAUGUCUGCUUUCUCAUUGGCCUUCUAUUUCAAUGUGGCCUGGGAUCCAUUGGCGGACAGUUUCCUUGCAGUUGUUGUUGAGGUUUACAAAAGCUGUUCUGUGCUGUUUUAUAUAGGAAGCAUCAUAGUUUUGCAGGACUGGCGUCAGGAUGAUAAUCCGGCUGUUCCACUUGCUUGAUAGUUAAUUAACGUGGAAGCUGCUAGCUCUGGUGUUCCUCUUUCUGCUCUGUGGCUGUCCGAGAAAUCACCAGUUGCGAUUUAAUUUUCUUGUCUUUUUUGUUUUCAUUUGAGCCAUUCAAUUAGUAUUCCAGCUCCUCUGUUUGUGUUAUAUUCUUGAGCUGAUCUGUCUGUGUAAACCCUGGCCCAUUGGUUGUUGUGGUAUUAUGUAUUUAGAAAAGAGUUCACUAAUUUCUUGAGCUCUGUAAGAUUGUGGACAGAAUUUUUUUUUUUUUCGAUUCUUAAAAAAAUGCACUUCUGGGUAUAGUUAUAUUAACUAAUGGAUUGUUGUGAGAGAUUGGGUAAAUCGAAUAAAAAGAAAAAACACUUAA